UUUUUUUUUAAUCUUAGAAUGACAAGCAAUGUUGAAGAAACGGUAGUGAUUAUUGUCGGUGCAGGGCUAUCAGGGCUCUCCACCGCGGCAAGCCUCCACCGGCUCUCGAUCCCAUACAUAAUACUUGAAAGAGAAGAUUGUAUUUCUUCAUUGUUCAACAAAAGAUCAUAUGAUCGACUUCACCUCCAUUUUGCUAAGAAAUUUUGUCAUCUUGCUCACAUGCCUAUUCCAUCAAACUAUCCAACUUAUUUAUCUAGAGAAGAAUUCUUGAAGUACUUGGAUGAUUAUGCACACAAUUUCAAGAUUAACCCGAAAUUUGGGAACUAUGUGAAGUGUGCAAAAUAUGAUGAAGAUAGGAAGAUAUGGAAUGUGGAUGCAAAGACAAUGGAUGGGGUUCGGUGUUACCAAGGAAGGUUUUUGGUGGUGGCUACAGGAGAAAAUAGCGAGGCGUUUAUACCAAAAAUUGAUGGGUUGAGUGAGUUUAAAGGUGAAGUUAUCCAUUCAACCGAGUUUAAAUCCGGCAAGAAAUUUGAGAACCAAACGGUUUUGGUUGUUGGGGCUGGUAAUUCCGGCAUGGAAAUUGCACUUGAUCUAUCGAGCCAUGGUGCAAAAACCUCCAUUGUUGUUCGAAGUCCGGUUCAUAUAUUAUCAAGAUGGUCAAUUAAUGUUGGAUUGGUAUUAUUAAAGUGUGUGCCAUUACAUUUAGUGGAUUCACUUCUAGUUUUACUAAGCAAGGUAACAUAUGGAGAUCUAACCAAGUAUGGGAUCAAAAGGCCUAAAGAAGGUCCAUUUUUGAUCAAAAUAAGAGAUGGCAAGUAUCCAGUUAUUAAUGUUGGUACAAUUCAGAAAAUCAAAUCGGGUGAAAUACAGGUUUUGCCGGGGUUAAAAAGCAUUAAACACAAAGGGAAUGAACUUGUUUUUGAAGAUGGAAAAUGUUAUCAAUUUGAUGCCAUUAUUUUUGCCACCGGGUUCCAUAGAUCAACGCAUUUAUGGCUUCAAGGUAACGAUUCUCUCUUAAACCAAGAUGGAUUUCCCAAGCAAAUGUAUCCAAAUCAAUGGAGAGGAGAAAAUGGACUUUAUUGUGUUGGGCUUGCAAGGCGAGGCCUUUAUACAGUUGCUAUGGAAGCCCAAAGUAUAGCCCAUCAUAUUCUUAGUCUGAUCUCUAGAUAAGCCUAAGAUUACCAUGUUCUAUUAAGAAAAUAAAAACUAAUUAUAUCUUUUAUCUAAGUAAUGUAAAGUACUGCAGUUAUUGUUGUUGAGGUUUAUGAUUUUGUACUUUACUUUCUUGAAUAAUG